ACUGCGAGGUUACCUUGCGCCUGCAAGGACAAAGAUGGAUUAUAUUACACUUCGUUCAGGAAUUCAAUGCACGCUUUCAAGGAAUGAAUGUAUUGAUGAAGACGGAAGAAAUUUAACAACAGCACGCCGAUUGACUGCAAUCCUUUCAUAUCUGUGAUGUACCAGAUAAAAGGAGGCUGGAUAAGUCUUACUCCGAAACCUGCUGCGGUACUGUCGCCUCAGACUUUAGAAUCAAUGACUAAACCCGUCUGGAAAUAUGUUGAGCAUCUUGCCGAUAGUGGAAUUUAUUCCCAGGAAGCUCUCUCCAGAUUACGUGACCACAUCAUGUUUCCUGUCGAGAGUACCGUUCUCCUCAAUACCUUCGCACUGCAGCCAGACAACGCGUCCCUUUGGCAUUUCCCUCUCAGGUUUUCUCGAUGAGCAAACCCUUGAUAAAAUAGCUACUUCUACCGGUGAAAAAUUACACUGCGAUACACGAUUAUGCACUGCAUUCGGUGUAUGGAUGGAGUUUGCACCUACUAGGAAUAAUCUUUUCCUCUAUUACCUUCUGCUGCACUUGGGGAAACGCAGCCAUCCUGAGUUACCUCCUCGAGCAGUCGAAGAAGGAACUUCAAACGAAACUUAUGCCCGCGUGGACAACCUCAAUCUGCGGCACGUCCUUCCAAGAAACUCAGCCAUUAUAUCCAACCAAGCAAACGAACGGAAUAUUCUAGGAGAAUAAACCAGCGCGGAGCCAUCUCCAAUAACGUGGAAGACUCUGCCGAGCGCAACACAUGCGCAACUUGCAAAGAAAUUCAUUAAAGUGAGCGCAGACAAUCAAAUAGACGCAAAAGUGUUACCUAUAGUAUGUGCAAAGUUUCUGCCAGAACAGCCAGUGGGAGUGACUUUAUAAGAAAGAGUCUCAACGAACAAUCAGUGUCCUUAUAAUCUUGCGUUCAUAAUUCCCAUAGACUAUUACUAUAAGUGACUCAAAUCUCACCCUGAUCUCACCCUGUUCUCACCACUAAGCUCUCAGAA